GACAACAAGAGAGCUCCCUGCUCCUUCCUAGCAAGCAGAGCCAGGAGAAUCCAAGAGGGAAGCUCGUCUCACCUCUCAUCAUGAACGGCAAGUUGGUUGUUGCUGUCUUGGCUCUUUUCCUAACCUACGCAGCGGUGUCAGAAGGGAUGAGUCUGGCAAGGAUGGGGAAUGAGCUCCGAUGCCAGUGCAUCGACCUGCAUUCCAAGUUCAUCCCUCCCAGGAGCAUUCGGGACGUGAAGCUAACCCCGAGUGGACCUCACUGCCAGAACACUGAAAUCAUCGCUACUCUCAAGGACGGCAGAGAAGUGUGCUUGGAUCCCACUGCUCAAUGGGUGAAGAGAAUCAUUAAAGCAAUUUUGGACAAAGCUCAAGCCAAUGCUGAGGCAAAACGCUAAGAGAAACCAAAGAAGAAAAAUCUCGGAUGUUCUCCUCCAGUUUCCCCUUGAAGGAAACAUCUCUGUGAAAAUGCCAGUCCAUCGGCAAGCAGCCCACCUCCUUCUGUUAACAUGUUUUCAGGCAGACUCCAGCUAGCAGU